ACAUGACGCAUAAAAGAGAGGCCCUUUCGUCGUCUCCCCUCUCUCGUUGGCUCUUUGUCUUCUAUAUUUUUUCUCUCCCUGAUCUGUAACCUCCGAAACGCUAAAGGUCAUGACCUCUCUAAAGUUAUUUACGUCUCUCAGAAACCUCCAAAACCCCAAUCAGUCCAAUGACUUGUAACUAAAUUUGAUUCUCUAUAAACAUUUCAAUUCAAAGCUCUUUCACUGAUCUCUCUCUAAGUUUGCAAUCUCUGAAUUCGUGAACUACACAUAUAUAUAGAUAUAAUUAUCUAUUCGAAUUCACUGUAAUGUCUGGUUCGGGAGGCUUCGCCGUGUCUAGAACCCACGGCGGAGACCGUUUCUACAACCCGCCGCCGGUUCGGCGGCACCAGCAGCUGUUGCUACAGCAGCAACAGUUGCAGAGACAGCACCAGCAACAGCGGCUUCAGAGAAUGGUGAGCUCAGAAGCGCCGCCGGUGCAGGAGAACCGGACUGAGUCGGACGAUUCGAUGACGACAUUGUCGAAACCUCCCUCAGUCUGCUCAUCUUCGCUUCCCAGACCGCCACCUACUGUAACAAACUUGGAUCGUCUAAUGGAAUCUGUCACUCCCUCCGUUCUCACUCAAUGUUUCUCCGAGUCAAGUGGAAGGGAUUGGAGAACUCAUGAAGCCGAGUUGCAGCCGUUCUAUUGCCUUGAGGAUCUGUGGGAAUCUUAUAGAGAGUGGAGCGUUUAUGGAGUGGGAGUUCCUCUGCUGUUGAACGGGAAAGACUCUAUUAUGCAGUAUUAUGUUCCCUUUUUGUCCGGUAUACAGUUGUACAUAGACCCACUGAAGCCUCUUACCAGGCUUAGGAGACCUGGUGAGGAGAGUGAUGCAGAGUCUUCAAGGGAGACUAGUAGUGGUGGCAGCAGUGACUGUGCUGAUGGGUCGGGGAGUCAGAAUAUUCUUGUGAACAUGAACUCCCAACGAAUAGACACACUUUCAUUGAGAGAGAAAUCUGUCAUGAAUUCAUCCAGUGACGAAGCUGAGAUUUGCAAUUCACCUGGGUCGCUGUUGUUUGAAUAUUUGGAACAUGAACAACCACAUAAUCGCAAACCUCUAACUGACAAGGUUUCUGUUCUUGCAUCUCAAAAUCCAGAGCUCAGGGCAUACAAGAGCUGUGAUCUAUUGCCUGAUAGUUGGAUUUCAGUGGCCUGGUAUCCAAUAUAUAGAAUACCUACGGGCCCGACAUUACGGGAUUUGGAUGCAUCUUUUUUAACCUUCCAUUCCUUAUCAACACACUCUAGAAAUAAUGGUCAGCCAUCGUUCCGUGGUGGGAGUGGUAGGAGGAUCCAUGAUGUUGUUGAUGCAUCUUCAAAGAUUUCUUUACCAGUGUUCGGCCUUGCUUCCUACAAGUUGAAGGGUUCAAUUUUGACUCCGAGUGGACAUUACGAGUGUCAGCAAGAAAAAUCCUUAUUGCAAGCUGCUGAUGUUUGGCUCCAGCGUUUGCAGGUUGUUCUUCCUGAUUACCAGUUUUUUUGUUCUCACUACCCACAAUGGAGAUGAUGGGUCAGCAAUGUUCCUUCAUAUGCCUAUAUUUCUCUUCCAAUUGGGCAGAAGUUGAAGGUGUCAGUUUGGGAACAAUGAAUAGUGUUUAAAGACAAAUUGCCUUAAAAACCCUCCUUUUCAAUCAAACAGUUUGGUUGAACCUUGUGCAGUGGUGUUUAGGCCUUCUCAUCCUUUUAAAUAUGUAAGCUUCUCUCAAGUACAUUAGCAUUUACAAAAUUAGGGAAAAAGCUCAUGGCUUCGGCAGGCCCAAUGAGUUUGAGGGCGUUGAUGAUGCAGACAGACUUGAUAAAGAUGAUUGACAGUUCAUAGUUGGAUUUUGGGGCUGCUACCAUUGAGGAGGAAUGGUCCAGGAACUGUAAGCAAGCACACUGGAAUCCAGAUGGCCUCUGGCUUUGUCUUGUUAUUUAGGGGGAAGCUGAAGCUGUUGAUGUAGUUGUAGAGUAUCCAGUUCUGUCUAGUCACUGCUCAGAGAAUCUCGACACUUUAUGUGAUAGUGAUGAAAAUUUGAAAACUUGUGUACUCUUACUCUGCACAUAUACACCUAUACCGGUAGUUUGCAAAGACAAGUUUUUCUCUUCAAAAAAUUUUAUUUCUCUAAUUUAAUAGUUUGUUUUACAUGUAAUGUUUAUUAUGUUGCUUUUAGUGUUUAGUGCAUGUUUUCUUUACUUCUUGUGUAUCCAUAAAGAGAUUGUGGCGUUCUAUUUGAGAAUUUCUGGCAUCCUAACAAUGCCUUGAUUCCUGAUUCAUCCCACCAUUAAAAGACCAUCUGGUCAAGUGAAGUGGAUGGUAGAUGAUCAUGUGCUGUAUGUGACCACAUUUGGAUUGCAAUUGUUUACUGUGAUUUCAAUUUGUUUGUAUUUAUGUGAUUAAUGUAUACAGAUCUCGGUGGGAAGCACUCGUCCUUGUGUGCUGGUGACUAGAGUGCACUUGGGUGAACUGCAGGCUGGUGAAAAACUUAGGAGUGUGGCUGAGCAUGCUGCUUACUAAUGUUUGUGUGGUUCUUGAACACAGUUGAAAUAUGAAAACAGCAUGGCUAUUCUGCCUAUAAAGGGUGAGGAAACUCAGUGUGACACCGGAUCAAGUGAGUUAUUAGGUGGUGUAAAUACUCAACUCAUAUAUGCCUAAAUCACUUUUCCAUACGGAUUCAACCCCUAAAAUACCAUAGGACUUGUAGUAGGCACUUGCUCUAAUUGUGGACCUAGUUUACAUAUUAAAAAUUUAACCAUAGGAGAGAUGGAAAAAAAAAAAAAAAAAAAACACAAA